AUGAAGUUACGACAGCCAGGGCCGCAGAUCUUGCUGCUUCUCUUGCCCGCUCUCCAAGUCCUCGCUACACCAGGCCCAGUUGACAUCACUGCCGACAAACGACUCGCGCGAGCUGCCGCACCCGCUUCCCCCGACGCCACCCUUCUCGCCGACCCUGCUGUUGCAUCGCCGACAGUUGCAAAAGGCACCAAAGAUGCACCCGUCGACGGCUACGAUGGCUUGCCUCACCACGGUCCAUAUGUUGCCGACGUACCCAAGGCUCAUGGCAAGGCUCCGAAUGUCGUAGAGGACCUAGGGGCAGCAAAGAAGCCAGCAGCCAGCACCGUUCUGGUCGACGAUGUGCUCGAUGGCGACAAGAGCGUCAUGCAAGAUCCCACACGGAAACUGGCUACGGGCAGCAAAGGCACCGAGGGUGGAGUUUCUGCAAAAGACAAGGAGCGUUUGGCGCAUGAAGAAAAGACGGGCUCGAAGAUGGAACAGGUUCCUGAAUCGCCCAAGGAGGCGCCUCCUCACCCCCACGACCAGAAGCAAUUGAAGGGAGACGCGGGAGAUGCAGCAACUCCUACGCGCGUACUCGGUGCAGGCGGCUUGGAGAAACCAACCGACCUUCCCGAUUCUCCUCAUGACAAUCCCAUCCCCGUUCCAAACUCGGUGUCCAGCAAAGAUCCUUUAGACACUUCUUCGUCAUCCAAGACACCCUCUUUGACGCCCGGCGGGGAUGCCGACGCCGGCGUUGUACAGCCCUUCCACUCAUUGAUCCUUGCCUUUACCAUGAUUAUAUUUUCGGAAAUCGGUGACAAGACGUUCCUCGUAGCCGCUCUCAUGGCCAUGCGACACCCACGGUUACUUGUUUUCUCUGCCGCCUUCUCUGCUUUGGUAGUCAUGACAGUGCUUUCUGCCGUCAUGGGCCAUGCUGUCCCUGCACUGCUCUCUGAACGCUUUACGCAUUUUGCUGCCGCCGCUCUCUUCCUCGUCUUCGGUGUAAGGCUCAUUAAGGAAGGCCUCGCCAUGAGCCCGGAUGAAGGUGUUGGGGAAGAGAUGCGAGAGGUGGAGCAGGAAUUGGAGGAAAAGGAGCAACUUGCACGACACCAGGGCCGCCGAAAGGCUUCUGUCUCUCCCUACGCUUUGGAGUCUGGCCGUGGUGUACGACGCUCACGAUCGAAUUCGCGACUACCCGCACCUGCUCGAAGCCCCUCUAGCUCACCUGACCGCAUGCCAUCUCCACGCGGGGGCUCAAUGUCCGGCACAAUGGGUGCUGUCAACAACCUGUUUUCUUUGCUUCUAAGCCCCGCUUGGGUUCAGACAUUUGUCAUGACAUUCCUCGGUGAAUGGGGCGACCGCAGUCAGAUUGCCACAGUUGCCAUGGCUGCUGGUUCAGACUAUUGGUAUGUCACUGCUGGUGCCGUGGUAGGCCAUGGUCUGUGUACUGCAGGUGCCGUUAUUGGCGGCCGUGCCAUCGCUGGCCGCAUUAGUAUGCGCAAUGUGACUCUUGGUGGCGCGAUUGCCUUCCUCAUUUUCGGUGUCAUUUACCUUUUUGAAGCCUUUUACCUCUCUUAG